AUGUCAGUAGGGGUUCCAAUGGGAAUGAAUGUUCAGACCAUUAACUCGUUCUUCGGCAGAAUGUUACUAGGGCAACCGACGAGGAUCGAAUACACUGAAGAAGAGAGGCGGACUUGGGCGACUGUUUUUCGUGAGCUGACGGCACUUUACCCUACCCACGCGUGUAGGGAGUACCUAAGGAACUGGAAACUGUUGGAGGAAUGCGGGUACAGAGAAGACAACAUUCCACAGCUUCAAGACGUGUCGGAGUUUCUGAAAGGUCGGACUGGUUUUACCCUGCGCCCAGUGGCCGGGUACCUGUCGUCGCGUGACUUCCUGGCCGGCCUGGCGUUCCGUGUUUUCCACUGCACACAGUACAUCCGCCACGGAUCGGCACCGCUGUACACACCGGAACCGGACUGCAUUCACGAGCUGUUCGGCCACGUGCCCCUGUUCGCGGACCCAAGUUUUGCGCAGUUCUCCCAGGAGAUGGGCCUCUGCUCCCUCGGGGCGUCUGACGACGAGAUUGCCAAACUCGCAACGUGCUACUUCUUCUCCGUGGAAUUCGGUCUCUGCAAGCAGGACGGCGAACUGCGCGUGUUCGGUGCGGGCUUACUCUCCUCAGUUAGCGAGCUGCAACACGCGCUGACGGACAAGAGCGUGAAGAAGCCGUUCGAUCCGCUGACCACGUGCGAGCAGGAAUGCCUGAUCACGACCUUCCAGGACGUGUACUUCUACACGGAAAGCUUUGAGGACGCCAAGGAACAGAUGAGGAGUUUCGCAAGCACGAUCAAGCGUCCAUUCGCCGUUCGCUACAACCCGUACACACAGAGUGUCGACGUGCUGGACAACACACGCAACAUCGGCUAUCUCGUCAGCGAGGUGAAAGGGGAGCUAUGCAUCGUAAGUGAUGCGUUGCGGCGCGUGCAGCAGAUAGAGAAGGCGCGCAUGCGCGGAAAGGGGAUCGACAAGGCCAUGGAGAUGUCCAUUGACGAACACGUGGAAAACGGUGAACAGUCGGACGAAUCGGACACACAUACAGGCUAUGCGAACGGUGUGCACAAAUAACGACACGUUUGGUUCUAAUUCUUGAAUGUGACAGAGGAUAUUUACUAAUAUUAUUGAUUUCAUGUGAACAGUUAUUAAGAAAAGGUGUCGUUGUUGAAUGUGAUACGAUUGUAUUAAGAUCUAUUUUUAUUGUUAUUGAUUGUGAUGUUAUGCAUUUUUUCCUAGAAACGAAACAAAUGUUUGAAAUAAGCUCAUUAUUUUAUUAUUUUAAGUUGCUAUGUGGUAUUUGCGUGAAUUCAGUUAAACAUAAACAUAUAUGUGAACU